AUUCCUCCACCGAAACCGUCUGCUGUGCGCAUGGGCCGCGCACUGCCUCCGAUCAGAGGGCAGAGGACGUGCGCAGAGAUUUGACACAGAUCGAUUCACGUGAUGAUAGAAGUGGGUUUUGACUUAAUGGUGUAAUUUUCAUCACACACACACAGAAUGAUGAGAGGCUGAAGGAGAAACUCACUGGACUGAACUCACUUGACUAAACAGGCUGCUGUCGUCUCGGUGGAUAUUUCAGCGCACGAUGGAUCAGGAGGACACUUUGGAUUUUAAGGCUCUUAGGGCCAGGUUCCAGGAUGAAGAACUCCUACUGACGCAGCCUAGAAUCAAACCGACCCUCCCAGAGAAACCAAAGCAAGUGCCCCCUCCUCAGAGCCCCCCUGGACACCUCCCUGCAGGAGCGCGCCCCUCCCUACUCACCUCCAUCAACCAGAGCCUUGAGGGGAAGACACACAUCAGCCCCAGGGUGGUCUUCAAGGACGAGAAGAAGGAGGGCAAAAUGUCUCUAAUCAAGAACUACACCAAGCUGAAAGUGGGUAAAGACAAGACUAAAGGGAGCAAGGAGAAGCUUGACGACGACUCGUCGGAGCAGAAGCCGAAGAAAGACAACGCUAAAGACAAAAGGCUCUCACUGAGGUUCCCUGCAGCACAGAAGGAGAGCACAGAAAUACUGGUGCCUGCCACACCUCCACCUAAAGGCACAAUACAGAAGAAGAAGGGUUUCCUUGGUUUCAUGAAGUCAGUAAAGAAAGAUUCACUGGACAUUACGACCGACCCCAUCUUAGACAGCCCAAGUUCAGACAUUCUUGGAACAGCUCCUCUCAUACCUGUGCCUUCUGAAUUUGGUGGCGCACCACCAGAGCCUGAAAUCUAUGCCCCUAAAGCCCUAUUGCCAAACAUCCCAUCCUUACCUGCCUCCAGUGCUACAAUGGAAACAGCCCCACCCUUCAUUAUCCCUGCCUCUCCCGACUACAACCUAUCUCCCGCCCAUAUUCCUGAUUUCCCUGAUCCUUCAGUCCCAACCCUGCAGAGUGAAACUCCACUGGAGAUAGAAACUCCUGUCCUGUCAGUUCCACAUACUAUCAGCCCGACCCCUCCUACCCCUACUCCACCUCCAGUGGCGUUUACUCCAUCUCCAUCACCCCCUGAGGCUGAGAUCUCAGAGGCUGCCAUAGAGGCUGUAAGUAUAGCUGCAGUAGAGACGCCUCCUCUGAUCACAGACCCUCCAUCGACGCAAUCAUCUCCCAAACUUGAGCGUCCAAUCUCAGCACUCUCAGCCCUGGAGAGGGCGGCGGACAUGAGCUCUGGGAAACGGACUCCAGCUGACCAGAGAAUUCUCAACGCUCUGGAGAAUGCGCGCAAGAAGAGCGGCAGCCCGCAGACAGACCACAACACAUCUUACUCCAUCACCCCUCCACCUGAAGACCUCUCCCCUUCUCCGAGUCCCACCUUCUCUCUGCUAGAUCUCCCACCUAUAGAUUAUGAAGACCGGGCAGGAAACGCCCUCCGACCGAAACCAGAGCAAGUCAAUGGCAUUGACCACCGACAAGCCUCUUCAGUGUUGGAGGGUGUCUCUGAGGAGGGGUCUGAUGUUGUCCCAGAGCUGUUUGUGGUUCCCCCUCCCCCACCGAGGAAAGUCCUCCCAGACCCCGAGUCUCUGGGUCCAGCUCCAGAGAAGCCAGACAGACCCCCCUAUGUCCACCUGAGUGAAUUGAUCCCUCUUCCUCCUGCGGAAGAUAAUGAUGUCUCUGCUACUUUGGAGUUCUCAGAGACGGACACCACGGAUAUCCCAGAGUUUGACGAUGUCUCCUCAGUCGGCCACUCUCCAGAGCUGCCGGUGUCAGGCUGGGAGAAUGGGGAGUACACUGGUCCUGACACUCUUGAUGGACAGAACCUCCCAGAUUAUUACAGCAAUGGGAUAACUGCUCCAGCAGCUGAGGUUGAUGCUGCGCCGGCACUUGGAGAUGAAUACCAAAAUAAUGCACAACCAGUGGCAGGGCUUGAAGCUGCUGAAGCUGCCAACGGGAUCAGUGCAGAAAAUACAUAUGAGGACGUUACAACGUCUGCAUUCAAAAAGAAAGGAAAGUCUGAGGGUGGCAAGAAACGCAAGGGACCACCAAAGAAUCCAUAUACGGAGGCAGCACAGGAAACAAAUGGAGAGAAAGGCAGGAUGAGCAGGUUCGGCAAGACCGACAAGAAAGCCGCCGUGGAAGGGUCAGAGGAGAAAGAGCUGAAAAAGAGGGAGAAGCAGCGUUUGGAGAAGGAGAAGAAAGAGUUCAAGGAGAAACAGGAGAGGGAGAAGAAGGAGCAGAAGGAGAGGGAGAAGAAGGAGAACGAGAUGAAGAAGAAAUUCAAAAUCGCAGGACAGGAGGAUGCCAUGUACCAGGCGACAGUAACCGUGACAACAAAAGGACGCAAGGACGAUUUACCGGUCAAGAGCGGUGACAUCAUCAGCAUCAUCCGAACCACCAACUGCCCUAAAGGGAAGUGGCUGGCCAGAGACAGCAGCAACACCUAUGGGUACAUUGCAGUGGAUCAUGUGGAGCUGGACAUCAAGGAGAUGCUGGAGCUGGGGAAGAGGGCUGCCAUCACCCGCAAUACCAGCACCAACGUCGUGGACGGAGAGGUCCCCAGCGCGGGGAGCAGGGCCUCAAAUCACUAUCCGUUAUCAGCAGGAAGCUUCUCAGAUGACAGUGAAGAGUGGACCGGUGAUGAGGAUGAAACUCUCUCCCCUGUUCACGAACCUGCAGAUCCAUUUGCUCCAGUGGGCCACACCAGGACACUGUCCAUGCCAGACUUGGUAAACAAGGAUCUCAAUGUCGUCCACCAGCACAGUCACAGUGACAUCAGUGCAGAAGGCUCCCAUGUCCAAGCAAGACAUGAAGCACUUCAGAAGUUAGCCACAUUUUUCCAUUCACCCAAACCUGUGGAGCCAGCUUCCAGUAACAAUGAAGUGGAGACAAUAAACAAGGAUCUCAAUGUCGUCCACCAGCACAGUCACAGUGACAUCAGUGCAGAAGGCUCCCAUGUCCAAGCAAGACCUGAAGCACUUCAGAAGUUUGCAACAAUUUCACAUUCACCCAAACCUGUGGAGCCAGCUUCCAGUAACAAUGAAGUGGAUACAAGUGGUGUGCUCGUGAAGCAGGAAGCAGUGGCGCUGCCUGAUGCCAGUGAAACAGCAGAAGUAGCUUUUGAUCCUGAUUCGCUCAUUUUACCUCCUCCUGACCUGUAUGCUGAUUUGACCGGGGAGUAAUCGCCAGACACGAAACACAAAGCAGACAGAAGAACCAGGAUUUGUCCAUGAUGCUUUUCUUCACGCUGUGACCCGUGUCAGUCUACUAAUGCUGUGACAGUGACUUCAUCAUCUCGACUAUAUGACUUAAUUUAUCUGACGACCAUGUGCAUGGAUCAGUGUGAUGAUUUACAAGAGGAACAGGAAGUGACUCUCAGCAGCUGGAAAUCUUCCCCGUGCUGUUUCUGUUCUCUGAGGCACUUGGUGUGAAACCGCUGAGGGACAGUAUGUGUGGCUGCGGCCUCGGAGUGACUCGAGGAUCGAGCUGAUCCCAAACAAGGAGCUACAAACUGUUGCAGACACACACUCACACACACACCGGUUUUCUAGAUACUGUGACACUGGAGGCUCCUUGGGGGGAAAAUUAGAAGCUUUUCCUAUUAUUACCCGAAAGCCAAAUCUAUUUUUAGUGUUGUAACAAUGGCAGGACAAUGGCAAAAGUGGAUUUUUCUAACACUAGUGUAUUUUUUUUAUGUCAAGACACUGUUAAAUAUAGGUCAGCUGCAGUAAAAAACAUGUUUAAUAAUCAUUAGUCCUUCCUCUACCAGGUUGUUAAUCCACAGUUUAGGGUCGAGCUCAGUCCAAAGAACCUAACACGUUACCACUGUCUGAAUACUGAUCUUAGUCUUGUUAGGUUUGGUCUUUAGCAAUAAUUCAACCCCGCGAGUGACAUGAACAGUUUUCAUUGGUUACCUCCACCAAGACAGUGCUUUUAUCAGCAUUCCUUUGUUUGUUAGAUUUUUUAGCAGGAAGACACAAUAACUACGGAACCGAUUUCCAUGAAAUUUUGUGGAGAGGUGGGACAUGACCCAAGAAAGAACCCAUUCAAUUUUAGGGCAGAUCCAGAUAAAUAGAUACAUCCAGCUUUUACCUUGGUUAAAUAGGGCAUUAGCCUUAGUGGAGGUGUGCGCUCUCCGAGUGGCCUCCUGGUUCAGUGCUGUGCCCUCUUCUGUUUCUGCAUGACUCAACAGAUUUUAGGACCACAUUCAAUAUUUAGUUGAAAGUGUUUAUAUGUUUGUGCUUUUUUGUAUAUCUACACAUUUUUUUACUUUGUAAUUUUAUUUACUCUCAUUAUUUGUCAAUAAACUGUGGAGGAUGGAAGUAACUUGUCAUGUAUUUAAAUGGUUCAACAUGUCAGGUUCAUAUAAAAAUGAUCUUUAAUUAUGUACCAAUAAACAACACGGAGAAUAAUCUCAAUUAUACAACCAAAGAAUUACUAUGUAGUGUUCAUAGUUGAACCUCCUGGAGGGAAACAUCACGUGUAACUUUAUCGUCUUUUCUUUUUAUGGAGCUGAUGUCGGGCAGGUGCCACUUUUAUGUGCCGCCUAUUUUUUAGGAUUUCCCCUCAAGAUGAAGAGUAAGUGUUACAGAGGAGGAAGUAAAGUACUGAUGAUCACCUGAGGUCAUGUUCAUGUAAGAUAUUGUUGUUGACAUCUGUCUGUGGAAGAUACACAAUUAUAACCAUCUGUCAUGUGUUUAUCUGUGUGUCUGUGUGAUUUCCAAAUAUCCAAACAGACAAAACCUCAAGAAAUUAUGUUUGUUUAUUGUUUUUUCAAUAAAUACUCAUUAAAGUGCAAAUCAUAACAGCAAUAUCAUGCAGUGCAUAACAAGAGAAAUCCAAACCCCAAUCAGACAGGGAGACACAUUCUCUCUCUCACACACACACACACACACACACACACACACACACACACACACACACACACACACACACA